AUGCGAGGCGACGACCGUGAUACUCUAUGCCGAUUUGUUGGAUUGUGCUUGGAUGCUCCAGAGAUGAUGUCUGUGUGGAAAUAUUGUUCUAGAGGAUCGCUCAAGGAUGUCAUCGAAAAAGGCUCGCUCCAAAUGGACUGGUUCUUCAAAUUUUCUCUCAUCAAGGACAUCAUAGAGGUAUGA